UAAAUACAGGUCUCAUCCAAAGUCUCAGGAUGUGGAGUUUGGGUCAGUGUGUGUCCUAAACUGUGCCUGUGGUCACAGCAUCUACUCAGUCUCUGUAAGCACAACCCCAGUACUCUGCUCCUCUAGGAAGAAAGCAAUGUCAUCCACACCUACACAAACUGGAACAUGUCAGAAGCAUUUUAGACAUAUUACACCUGAUUCCUUGGACAAUUAAGGCAUCUAACUAACGUAUACAUUGCUAUCGAUUACAUGUCGCGGUGUGUAAUCGCCCAUCUUCUCACUUGCUUAAGACAGGUUCAAACACUAACCGACAGAGUCGCGCGUCAGGGACGUCACUUUACUGAUUGACUGAUUGGAGAGUAGGUUGAGAAGCAGUGGACCAAUGGGGACUUUUAUCCCGCCCCUAAACUGCAUAAAACCCUACGCGUGUUUUGAAAAGUGUUUGGAGUUGGAGUUGAAGUUGAAGGUCGCAAGACUUGAAGACUAGUUUCUGAUUCCUGCUACAGCACGACUGUAUAUCUCUUUCGUUCCUGCAACACUUUGGCGAUUGGAUUCCUUCAUCGACUCUGCACCACCAGGGAGGAUGAACUUCAGAGGAGAAGACGCGCUACAGCGGCAGGAGGACGCGGACCCUCAGCCCGGAUGGACCGGACUAUACGACCCCUGGACCGGGAGACUAGGGGAACAAACACGUCAAGACGAGCUCAACUACAGCGAGCAGAGUGACUCUGAGGAUGAGGAAAUUGUGUUUAUUCUGCAGCAGGAUGUGCAAGAUGGAGGCGAUGAGAAUGAGGUCACUGUGAGGAGCUCAUCCCCUGUUAGGAGCCCAUCCCCACCUGCAUGGAGCCCAUCCCCACCCAUGAGGGUCCUGUUACCUGUAUGGGACCUAUCACCAGCAAGGAGCCCAUCCCCAACCAUCAGGAACCCAUCCCCACCUGCAUGGAGCCCAUCCCCACCCAUGAGGGUCCUGUUACCUGUAUGGGACCUAUCACCAGCAAGGAGCCCAUCCCCACGUGUAUGGAGCCCAUCCCCACCUAUUAGAAACCCAUCCCCACCUAUUAGAAACCCAUCCCCACCUAUUAGAAACCCAUCCCCUUUAAGGACCCCAAUCCCUAUAGUACGUCCCACGCCAUCCUACGCCAUCCCACCCCUUCCCAUUGUUGUGUUGCACGACAUGCAGUCUGGUCAGCCUUUCGUUCCAGCGUCCGUGACCUUCCAUGUUUGGCGCCAGAGAAUAAGUAGAAGGGAUGAGGAGGAAGACAGUCGAGUAGUCCCUUCUGCAUAUCCUGUUCUAGACCAGGGGAAGAGGUGGAGGGAGGAAGAGGAAGACGAUGAAUUCUUCCCUUCUAGUAGACGACAGCGUGUGGAACCUGAGUGGGAGAUGCAGGUAGUCACAAGGCCCCUCCAAUUACCAGUUGAAGUGAUUCCUGCACUAAGCAGUGAUCUUUGAGCAAACCCCAAAGAUCACCCCGUACUCAUCAUGUGGUAAGUAUCAGUGGUAGGUAUCUGUGGUAAGUAUUUGACCUCUAGUCUUUAGCUUUAGUCUGGUUUUAUUUUUCUUACUUUUCUUAGUCUAAAUUUGUAGUGAAUUUCACUUCCAGACUCCAGCAGUAGUAGCGUUAAACCAUUUUCAUGACGGACUGAAUUUUGGUAAGAUAGUAGUAGUAGUUAUCGCAAUUAUGUUAGUUUAUAAUUGUCUGGUUAGUGUUUAAUGUAUAGGCUUGUUACUUUAGUAUGUUGUAUAUUUAGGAAAUAUGAAUUAGUAUUUAUUAUAGAACUUAUAAUUAACCAGUUUUCUGUUCAUAUAUGUGUAGGUUAUGCAUAUUGCUGCAAAUAUUUAUGCUGUUGUAAAUAUGUAUAUAUUAAGUAUUUAAGAUUUAGGAUUUUAAGAUUAAGUUGUACAGAAGUAGUGCACUCCCACCCCCAAAUGCCCCUAACCC